UCACCAGCUCCCCUCGGCUCUGUUUCCAGGAAACACAUGGUCUGCUGAGUCAUGGGAACCCCCAGCUGAAAGAGUUUCCUGAACUGAGUAACCUCAACAGAAAAACACAGAAAGAUCAACCAGACAGGGCAGAGGAGGAAAAACCACCCACAAGGAAGAUGCCAGGGGGCUUGUUGCCAGGAUGCCGGUAGCCUGGGUAUAAAGGCCACCUAAGGAAGCAGGCUCCAGACCAGCCCUGUCCUCUGUGCCCCCCACCUGUCCACACUCCAUCAUGUGCCACACCAGCCACUCUUCAGGCUUCCCAAUGGCCUGCCCUGGCUCCCCGUGCUGUGUCCCCAGCACCUGCUACCCACUCGAGGGCUAUGGGACCUCCUGCUGCUGCUCAGCCCCCUGUGUGGCUCUGCUGUGCCGGCCCCUGUGUGGGGUAUCCACCUGCUGCCAGCCAGCCUGCUGUGCACCCAGCCCCUGCCAGGUGGCCUGCUGUGUGCCUGUGAGCUGCAAGCCUGUUUUGUGUGUGGCUUCCUUCUGCCCAGCCUCCGGGUGCUGCUAGCCCUUCUGCCCCACCCUGGUCUAUAGACCUGUCACCUGGAGCACCCCCACCGGCUGCUGAGCAGGUGGCCUCCUAUGACCCUUGUAGGUGCGAGGUCAGAAGCCAGCAGGCUCUCUGAACUCCUGCCAGGCAGUCCCCACAUCCUCCCGCAGCAAACUUUCGUCACCUGACUAGACCACCUACCUCCUUUGCAGCACCGUCCCUAGAUCCCAGCCAGUGAGGCCAUGCGCCUUUCUACACAGUUUCUCCUGGGUUCACAGCCUGGGUCAUCCACAGGGCCCUCCGCACUGUCUGAUGUUGGGUCUCUUGCAAAUAUCUAAUAAA